CAAAUAAUAUGGGAAGAGAAUUGUACAAGAUGAUGCUCCUUGUGCUCCUUGUAACCGUAAUAAAGGUGGAAGCGGUAUCAGAAUGUAAUGGGACAAGCAGCAGCAUAGGUGCUUGUCUUGUAGAUGUUGAUGAGUUCUUGAUGGAAUCAGAAACAAGUACUAGGAUUCUUGCUGUUGCUGGUGGUAAUGCUAGAUCUAAAAAAUUAUCUUACGGGUCCGCGGGGAAGAAAGCAGCGAUAUGUAAUGAACAAAUAGUCGGUAAUUGCAUCGGUAAUAAGAACGUGAAGGCAACACACUGUAACCUUGGUAACCGCUGCAAACGUGAAGUAAUAUCCAAUUAGUAAAUAUGUGCAAGUCUCCAAGGGUAUCAACUACCUGUUUGCUUUUACUUGAACCAAUAACAUCUACUCUUGUUUUUACAUUUUGUAUUUAUUGUCUCUUAAGUACUAAAUGCUUGAUUUUUAUAGAAAAUUGAAAGUGUUUCGCUUUAA